AGUGUCUCCUGGGGUUCUCCAGCUACCGCAAGUGUCUCCACAGCUGAAUGGAAGAGAACUUGUAAGCAGCCUUUCUUACUUAGUGAAAGGAGUCCACGUGAGGAGAGCAAGAUGGCCUCUACACAGCUUCAUGCCCUCUGUCUCCUUGCACUUUAUGUGACAAGUGGAUACAGCCAAGAAGGGAGGUUCAGUGGUCCCCUGAAGCCCAUGACAUUCUCGAUUUUUGAAGGCCAAGAACCUAACCAAGUCAUAUUCCAGUUUAAGGCCAACCCUCCAGCUGUGACUUUUAGACUAUCGGGGGAGACAGAUGGCAUAUUUAUGAUAGAAGGGAAUGGAUUUCUGUACCACACAAGAGUCCUGGACAGAGAAACGAGAGCAGUGCAUCAUCUCCAGCUUGCAGCCCUGGAUUCGCACGGAGCUGUAGUGGAGGGUCCUGUCCCCAUCACCAUAGAAGUCAAGGACAUCAAUGACAAUCGACCCACGUUUCUCCAACAAAAAUACAAAGGCUCAGUAAGGCAGAACUCUCGCCCAGGAAAGCCUUUCAUGUACGUCAAUGCCACAGACCUGGAUGAUCCAGCUACUCCCAAUGGCCAGCUAUUUUAUCAGAUUGCCAUCCAGCUUCCCUCUAUCAACAAUGUCAUGUAUUUUCAGAUCAACAACAAAACAGGGGAAAUAUCACUUACCCCAGAAGGGUCCCAGGAAGUGGAUCCAGCCAGGAAUCCUUCCUACAACCUGGUGGUCUCGGUGAAGGACAUGGGGGGCCUGGAUGAGAAUUCCUUCAGCGACACCACAUCUGUGGAUAUCACUGUGACAGAGAACAUCUGGAAAGCGCCAGAACCAGUGGAGAUUAGAGAAAACUCGACCGAGCCUCACCCCAUCAAAAUCACUCAGGUGCAGUGGAAUGACCCAGGUGCCCAUUAUUCCUUAGUCAACAAGGAGAGGCUGCCACAGUUCCCAUUCUCAAUUGACCAGGAAGGAAACAUUUAUGUGACUCAGCCUUUGGACAGAGAGGAGAAGGACGCACAUGUUUUCCUCGCAAUUGCCAAAGAUGAGACCGGAAAGCUGCUUUCAAAACCCCUGGAAAUUCGUGUGAAAGUUAUCGACAUUAACGACAACCCACCAACAUGUCUGUCUGCGGUGACUACGUUUGAAGUCCAGGAGAAUGAGCCUGUGGGGAACAGCCUUGGGAUCUUCACUGCCCAUGAUAUGGAUGAACCAAACACCGCCAACAGUAUUUUAAAGUACAAACUGGUAGACCAAACCCCCAAAGUUCCCUCAGACGGACUCUUUCUCAUCCAAGAGUAUGAGGGAAAGGUCCAGUUAGCUAAACACUCCUUGAAGAAGCAAAACAACCCUCAGUACAACUUAACGGUAGAGGUCUCAGACCAAGAUUUCAAGACCCUCUGUCUUGUGCAAGUCAACGUUAUUGACAUCAAUGAUCAGAUUCCCAUCUUUGAAAGAUCAGACUAUGGAAGCAAGACUCUUCCUGAAGACACAGCCGUUGGAUCCACCAUCUUAGUCAUCCAAGCCACGGAUGCAGAUGAGCCCUUUACAGGGAGCUCUAAAAUUAUCUACAAGAUUGUACAGGGGGACACUGGGGGAAGACUGGAAGUUGUCACAGACCCCCAGACCAACGCAGGAUACGUCAAGAUCAAAAAGCCUCUUGACUUUGAAACCGAACCAUUCACCAGCAUUGUGUUCAAAGCAGAAAACCCUGAGCCACUGGUGGCCAAAGUAGACUACAAUGCUAGUUCUUAUGCUUCGUUCAACCUGACUGUGACAGACGUGAAUGAAGCACCUGAAUUUCCCCAACAAAUAUUCCAAGCAAAAGUCAGCGAGGAUGUUGCUGUAGGCACUAAACUGGGCAGCGUGAGCGCCAGGGACCCCGAAGGCCUGGCUGUGAGUUACUCACUGAGAGGCGAUAAUCGAGGUUGGCUAAAGAUCGACUCAAUCACUGGUGAGAUCUUUAGCACAGCUCCGCUGGACAGGGAAACGGAAAGCCUGUAUCGGGUGCAAGUGGUGGCCACAGAAGCAGGUGGGUCCUCUUUGAGCUCCACGGCACAUUUCCACCUGGCCCUCACAGACGUGAAUGACAACCCCCCUCGCCUAGCUAAGGACUACACAGGCCUGUUCUUCUGUCACCCCCUCAGUGGCACUGGGAGCCUCAUCUUUGAGGCCACUGAUGAUGACCAGCAGUCAUUUCGGAAUCCCCAGUUUACAUUCGCCCUUGGCAGAGAAAGCUUACGAAAUGACUGGGAAGUUUCCAAAAUCAAUGGCACACACGCUCGACUCUCCACCAAGCACACACGCUUUGAGGAACGAGUUUAUGAAAUCCUGAUCCUCAUCAAUGAUGGGGGCCGGCCACCCAUGGAAGGGACUGUCUCCUUAUCAGUAACUUUCUGCCAGUGUGUGGAAGGAAGCUGUUUCCGGCCAGUGGGUAAGCGGGAAGGGAUACCCACUGUGGGCAUGGCAGUCGGUAUUCUUCUGACCACCUUUCUGGUUAUUGGUAUAGUUUUGGCCGUUGUAUUCAUCCGCAUGAGGAAAGAUAAAGCUGAAAAUCCCCAGUCCCCUGAAGCUAGACCUCUGAGAAGCUGAAUUUGAAAAGAAACGGUCAAGUUUAGCCACAAGUGCUAUAUCAGUGCCUCAGCUGCUUAAUGUCACUCUAAAUGUGAACUAUAAUUGGUAGAGUUUAUGUAUCAUGUGCUAUAUCAGGGCCCCAGCUGUUUAAUCUCAUAAUCUCAUCCAAAAAGUGAGCUAUAAUUUCUUUGAUAGCAUGCCCCUCUUGUCCUGAAAUAUUUUGUAACACCUAGAUAUUUUAUGUUCUGUAGACAUUAGAGUUAUUUUCCAUGUCCCCAUGACAUUUUCCUCCUUCACAAAAGUUACACAACCUAAACUUUACCUUCUGGGAAAGAUGAGCCUGUACCUUAUUGCUUCAGAGACAUAUCUGUUCUCUCUCACCAACUUCCUAGAUUCCAUUUGUCCCUUUUCUGUUCCAUCCCGUGUCCCUUCAUCUUUUAGUAUUAUACAUUGAGUUUAGAAUGUGUCAUGCAAAAAGAACAAAGUGAAGUCUGGGAGGGGGAGGGGGAGGGGCGGAGAGUGGGCAGCCUUGUUCCUCAGUAUGAAAAGCUUUUCUGCGUUACUAACCAUCUUUAAUGGAGAUCCUCCCUCUUGGUAAUGGCGCAGGCCCUGGAGAUCUUGCUCUAUUUCGAGAACGAUCUACUUCAAAAACCUGGGCACAGGACUGACUGGGUUUACUAGUACAUGCUUUCAUACAUGACGCACACGUUUUAUUUGUAUACUGAAGUUUUGUUAUAUAUUUAUCAUGUUGGGGAAACAAGAAAGCAACGACGUUGUGAGGAAAAUCAGAAAUAAAUGAUGGUUUCAGUUGU